CCCGGGCCGCAGGCCGCCGCCGCUCCCCAGCGACCCCCGGCAGCCGCGCCUUCCUCCUCCUCCGCCUCCUCCUCCUCCUCCUCCUCCGCCGCCGCCGCCGCCGCCGCCGCCGCCUCCCCCUUCUCCUCCCCGCCGCGGAGGGACGGGGCGCUCCGCAACGGCACGGUGGUACCGCACCGCUACAUGGUGGCCCUCUACCAGCGCCUGGCCGCCCGACGCGACACCGCCGCCCGCCCCGUCGGCACCGUCACCGGCUUCGUGGAGCGGCUGCGGGGCGAUGCCUCCCCGUCCGCCCCCGAGCAGCGCUACCUCUUCGACAUCUCCAGCCUGCCUGAGGCGGAGGAGGUGACGGGCGCAGAGCUGCGGGUCCUGCGCUCCCUCCCUGCAAACCGCAGCCUGGCCCUGUCCCCCGAAGGCAACUUCCACCACCUGCUCCUCUCCACCUGCUCGGGCCGGGCCGGCGAGGAGCCCCGGCUGCUGGCCUCAAGAGCGGCCGAUGUUCUGGAUGCGGGCUCCAGAUGGGAGGUGUUUGACGUCUGGGAAGCCCUGAGGGACCGCAGGGAGAGGCCCCCCCCGGGCAAGCUGCUGUGCUUCGUGCUGAGGGUGGUGUCGGAUCGCUCGGGCCGCCUCCUGCCCCCCCGGCAGCUGGGAUUUGGCAAACCCCAUCCGCAGCCCCACGAGCGAGCGCUGCUCGUGGCCUUCUCCCGUACCCAGAGGAAGGAGAACCUCUUCAAGGAGAUCCGGGAGAGGAUGAAGGUGCUGGGCAGCCCCCCCUUGUUGGAGCCCCCUGAUCCCGGCCGGGAGGCGUACCCCAAGCGGAGGAAGAGGAGGACCACCAUCGCCGCCCGCUCCGGGGGCAGAGGCCAAGGGAAGAAGGCGAAGACGCGCUGCAGCAGGAAGCCCCUGCACGUCAACUUCAAGGAGCUGGGCUGGGACGACUGGAUCAUCGCCCCGCUGGAGUACGAGGCCUACCACUGCGAGGGGGUGUGCGACUUCCCGCUGCGCUCCCACCUGGAGCCCACCAACCACGCCAUCAUCCAGACCCUCAUGAACUCCAUGGACCCCGGCUCCACGCCGCCCAGCUGCUGCGUGCCCACCAAGCUGACCCCCAUCAGCAUCCUCUACAUCGACGCGGGCAACAACGUGGUGUACAAGCAGUACGAGGACAUGGUGGUGGAGUCGUGCGGCUGCAGGUAGCGGGCGGCCGCCCCUCGGCGGGGGCUGCGCGUUGGCGGAGCCGCUCCGGCGGCGGCGGGAGACCGGGGGCGGCCCGGGGCGGGGGGGGGGGGGGGGG